UGUUCAGCUCCAGAGUCUGCCAGAAACCAGCAGUUGCUUUCUUUGAAUCCCUCGGAAAUGAAAUGCAAGCAUGUCCUGACCAACAAGGCUCGACUUUUUGUCAUCAUUGCCAUCCUUUCACUCAGCUGCUCACUGUUCAUGAUAGUUUGGCUGGUGUUUGGCAGCAAAACCUGUCAGAAAAGUUCGCUGUGUUCGUUUCGAGCCAAGAAAAUGCCACGACUUUACGUCUAUCGAAAUCUUGCGAUGAAGGAGGAGGUCGACUGCGAUCAACUGGUUGACAUCACAGCCCUCGAUGAAUCAUCGGGAGAACCGGACAUGAUCCCCGAAACUGAGACCCCUUCGAAAAAGGAGUCUUAG